CACAACCAAUCUUGCGGUUCUGGACACGCAAAUAUGAAGGUAAAUUCGAAUACUGGUCACAAACUGUACCAGUGUACUCUACGAGACCGACUUCAUGGGUAUUGGACUUAUUCUGCAGAAUUUUGUUGACUUCGACGUUGUUUAUGAGUGCAAUCCCGUGAAGCCCGAUGUAGCACCGAGGCUGCAUGCCAGCUGGUUCUUCAUAUGUAGCGCGUCACAUCACGAACACGCAAACUACCCAUCAACCAUAAUACCACGCGUCUCCAGUUUCGAAUCUAUCCCCGCGGAAAGAUACUGAUGCCCCGCUGGUGGGACUCCCUGUGCCGGUACACCCACCGGCUUCUGCGACGAGUGCUCCGCAAGGACCGUCAUGCCGAAGCGCAGGCCGCGAAACCGGAUUUGCCGGAUGUGCCGCUGGAACAGAGCGACGUCGAUCAUGGGGCUUUGGGGACUGUCGCGGCACCGGCUUCGGCGAGUGUCGAGCAGCAGUCGAACCCGCAACCAGCCGCGCAGGAUAUCGGUAGUGCCGUGUCCGUGUCCGGCUGGAGUACCGUAACGGACUCGCCUCCGGCCACCGCCGGCGCCGUACCAGCCGAUACCACCCCUGCGCCGGGAAACCCACCGCAAAGCUCCGGGGCCACCGCCUCGGCAGCCAGCCCGCCAUUUCCCAAUGCCUCAUUCGCCCCCCUGACCGUGCCGCACUGUUCACCGAACACCCCGCCACGCCCCGAAUUCGCCUCGUUCACAGUGCCCUACCUCUGCACGUCACAGCCAUACGACCACCUCGACUUCUGGACGUUCCCGCUCCGCCACGGCUGGAACGUGCAUCUGGCAGACAUGGUAUGCCACGUUCUGUGUCCGCCUGGGCGGCGAUGCCAGCAGCAGGCCGAGCAGGAGGGGGAGGAGGAACGAAGUCCGCAGCCGCCGAUAUUCUCGCGUGUCGACGGCAAGCCCGUCAGGGCGGAGGAUAAGGUCGCGUUUCUGCAGGCGUGGUUGUUCUUUGGUGUGCUGGACGAGGUUUCAAGGCUGUGUGGGCUUGUGAUCGAUGUUGACGCCGAGUUCGUGGCGGAGGCUGGCGACGAGGUUUCGACGGCGGGGCUCAACGGGUUGUCCAGCCGCUGGUUUGAGGCGACGAAACGGACGGGUCGCGCCGGCGAUAAGGCGCUGAUGGAAAGCGUCAUGAAGGUGGCGAGACAUGCGCGGCUGAUGCUUACGGAGGAGAUCGUUGACGAGGAGCGGACAAAGAGGUUCGAGUAUACGUUUGCUGAAGGGCGGAUCUUGCAGUCACUCGAUAUCGUCGUCCGCUUGGUAGGACUGCACUUGCGGUCGCACGUGAAUAUCCGUGGGUUCACGGCGAUGGAGGAGGAGGGCUGGGGGAGACAGCGGAUCCGGAAGUGCUUGCAGCCAAUGGACUACAGCGAGGGGCUCGACCAGUUCUCGGAUCUCGCGGAGGACGCGAUGAGGGAGGCCGGCUGGUGCGAGAGUGAAUUCGACUCGAUGACACCCGAGGACGUGCUGGUCGCAUCGCUACUGGAUCGGCCGAGGAUCAGAGAUCAUUCCGGCUGUGGCGAAAUAGUCUGCUCCGCGUACCAAACCGACGAGGCGACUUACCAUACGAGACAUACGGAUGAUGACUGCCGCUGCGAGGUUACUGAGGUGCCCACCACGCUCCUGGUGCAGGCCCUGGCCGCGGGACGAGUACCCAAGGUGUUUAUAACGGAUCAACUGGAGCUCGAGGUUAUCGCGAGCGACGAUCAUCCCUAUAUUGCGCUCUCCCACGGGCCGAUGGGCUCGGAAACCCUUUCGUCAACGCGCUCCCCAAGUGCCAGCUCCGGCGCCUGCGCGGAUAUGUCGACGAGUUAUACCAGAUCUACGAUGCCAGCGGGCGAGCGGACGGCCGGACAGUCGGAGUGUGGAUAGACACGUUGUGCAUUCCCGUAGCGCCGAGCGCCAAACAGUACCGUCGCACGGCCAUCCAGCUGCUGGGCAAGACCUUCCACGAGGCGAACGC